ACUGGUCGAAGGAGAGUGUGUGCGCGUCGCUCCCGGCCAGAGCAGUUUAUCAAUAAGUGCGGUCCAUUUGAGCGCGGAAGAGAUACGGCCAGCGCCUGGAAGUGACUGUUGCGUCUAUACAUUCGCAGGAGUGUGAUUGUUAGUAGUCUACGGGAAGUGCUUGAAGGCUGCGCUUGUAAACUUCAUACGAAAUGUGUGUUAUUCCAUUAUGCGAGGAAAAUUUACACUGAGAAAAAAAUACGAAAAAGCUAACUGAAGUGAAGCAAUGGAAGUUCUGCUCCUAAUCUGCCUCCUUGGUGUGGCUAUAGCUGAAGGAAGCCCACCGGUGAUCAAGGAGCACCCGAGCAACGUGGUGGCGCGGCGCAACGACCCCGCCACCCUCAACUGCGCCGCCUCCGGUGCCACCCGCAUCCGCUGGUACCGCGACGGCGAGAAGGUGACGACGGCGUCGGAGGACCCGCGCUCCCACCGCGUCCUCCUGCCCUCGGGCUCGCUGUUCUUCCUGCGCGUGGCCACCUCCAAGAGGGACAGCGACGCCGGAACCUACUGGUGCGUGGCCUCCAACAGCCACGGCGCCACGCGCUCCCACAACGCCACCCUCACCGUGGCCACGCUCGCCUACGACUUCCAGAGCCAGGCCGACCCCGUGGUGAGGGCGCGCGUCGGGGACUCUCUGGCCCUGCCGUGCCGCCCGCCCAAGGGCUCUCCGCCCCCCGAAGUCACCUGGCUCAGGGACUCCCACGAGGUCACCAACUCCAGCCGGAUCUCCGUGACACAAGCGGGCGAUCUUGUCAUCAGUCAGGCCGUCGAGGAGGACUCGGCCUCCUACGUGUGUCGCGCCCGCAACGCCGCGGGCGCCCGGGAGUCAACGCCCACCAAGCUCACCAUAAUGACGCCGCCCUGGUUCGAGGAGCGUCCGGCGAACGUGACCGUCGCGUCGGGCGUGGUGGUGGAGCUGGCGUGCCGCGCCCGAGGCUCGCCCGCGCCCACGGUCACCUGGCGGCGCCUCGACGGCAAGAUGCCGCUCGGCCGCGCUAUGAUCGAGGACCAGCGGCUGGUGCUGGACCACGUGGCGGCUGCCGACUCCGGCGUGUACGUGUGCGAGGUGGAGAGCGAGGCAGGGAUCGCCGCGGCCAGGGCCACUCUCACCGUGAUCGACGCCCCCGAGUUCGCUCAGCGGCCUCAGGAUAUUCAGGUGGUGGCUGGCCAGAGCGCCAGGCUCUCGUGCAAGGUCGAGGGCGACCCCAAGCCUCUCCUGCUGUGGCGGCUUCCCACCCAGGACAGGACUGCCCUGCUCGCCGCGGGACAGAGCAGCGGCCACGCCUCCGUCGCCGACGAAGGCCAGACUCUCCUGCUCGGUGACGUCAGCACGCACGACAGCGGAGCCUACUACUGUUGGGGCGUUAGCAGCGGCGGUGGCGUCAGCGCUCGCUCGGAGGUGGUGGUCGUGGCGGCGUAUCCCCCUCCUGUGAUCGGCGUAGGACCUCAGGAUCUCACAGUAUCCCCAGGUAGUGUAGCCACCUUCCCCUGCGAGGCCGUGAGUGAGGCCGCCUCGCCCUCCAUCUCCUGGAAGUACCGCCCGGCCGCCCAUCUCCCAGCCCGAGAGCUCAGCGAGGGCGGCAACGGCGGCCGAGUGUCCCUCCCGGCCAACGGCGCCCUCAUCCUGAAGGACAUCCGGGUCGACGACGCCGGCAUCUACAGCUGCCACAUCAGCGCUGACACCGGCAGCGUGGAGCAAGCGGCGGUCCUGCGGGUGGAGGACGGCGCCCAAGACGCGGCUUCGUUCCUGCUGCCGGCGCCGCCGUCCAAGCCGCGCCUCAUGGCCGUCAACCAGACCGCUGUGCACCUGAGCUGGCUGCCCAACUCCCAGAUGGGCGGAGGUUCCGACCAGACGUACACGGUGGAGUUCUGGCGCCAGGGCUGGGAGGAGUGGCGGGUGGCGGACGCCCUCAUCUCGCAGGAGUCGUGUGUGGUGGGCGGGCUGACGCCUGGCCACACCUACACCUUCCUGGUCCGUGCCGUCGACUCGCGAGGGGCGUCGUUCCCGAGUCCCUGGUCCGACCCGGUCACGACCCGCUCUCCCCGCGACCCGAGUCUCACGGAGGACGAGGUCCGUCACGUCCGCCGCCGCCUCUCGCGCCCCGCUGUCACGCUCACCGACGCCACAGUCACCGCCCCCGACAGCGUCCUUCUCGGCUGGGAGUUCCUCGCGCUGGCGGACGAGGCCGUCGAGGGCGUGCUCGUGUACGCUGUCAGUGAUUCGGGCGCCGUGCAGGUGGCCACCGUGCUUGGCACGUCGUCGUCCUCACACCUCCUGCAUGAACUAAAGGCCAACUCCCAGUACACCUUCUUCCUCGUCCCCUUCUGGCACAGCGUCGAGGGCACGCCAUCCAACUCCAUGUCGCUGCGGACUCCACAAGAUGUACCCUUGGUGGCUCCAUCUGACGUUCGAGUGACGCUUCGCGAGGAAGGAACCGUCCUCAUCAAGUGGUCAACCCUGACCCCCGAGGAAGCCCGCGGGGAGGUGGUGGGCUACCAGGUCACCCUCAGCCACAACGGGACCCACACCACCGAGACCGUGACCCACCCAUGGCUAGAGGCCGAUGGUCUGAUGACAGGGCGUCUGUACACCGUCCGUGUUGCUGCCCUCACAGAGGCUGGCCCGGGUCCCUUCACCGCCCCCGUACUGAUGGACGUCGGGCCCUCAGGUGCCCAGACCAGCCACCAGAAUCGGAAAGACGAUGGCUCCGUCAUAUACGCCCCGCCAGAGCCUGCGUGGCUGGUGUACCUGCUGAUCCCUGUGGUGCUGCUCUUGUCUGCUGCCACUCUGAUCUACGUCAGACGUCUGCGUGGGAAGACGACGCCCCCGGCUCAGCCCCACGCGCCCGCCCUGUAUCAGGACCCGUCCCUCUACCCCACCCACCACUCCGUCAACAUGUAUGGCGAGCAGAAACUAUGGCGACCUUCAGAUAGUGACAAGGAAUCAAGCUUAUCCUCCACGCGACUCCUUCGGCCCGAGCAGCUCGUCAACGAAUACGCAGAGCCAAGAAUACAGAGAGCCAACGAGACGGCCGAGCCCUACGCCACGACGGCUCUGCUGGCUCCUGGCACUCCGCGCCUGGCACACGGACCAACCUGGAGGCACCGUAGCGAGGACUCGGGCGUACAGGUGAACUGGGCCGCCAUCCUCCCUCCCCCACCCGCGUGCCCUCCCCCUCACGACAUGCCCGUCUCGGCAGGAGGGCGCGAUCUGCCCGGUCUGCACAUGGUCUACGCAGCAGCCUCCUCUCAAUACGACAAUAUGGGCGGGUCGGAGCAGUACGAGAGACCCUGCGACGCCACAUCGGAGCAUACCUACGACCUGUAUGCUCAAGUAGCUCCUGCAGACUGCCGCGGGGGCUUCCUCACCUUCAACACCCUGCAGUCACGAGGAUGCCGUCAAGUGCGAGCGGAUUACCCUCCUUCGAGACCGCUCGAUCUGCCCAACACCAACACCCAUUAGUCACUAGAAGGGUGUACUGGGGGAGGGCAGGUGUGUGUGCGUGUGAGUGCGUGUAUGUAUAAUCUUGCUAUAGCGUGAUGUGUCGCUGUGGCGCAAGUCAGCGGGCGAUGGGAACAUGUGCCUUCACCAGAACACAUCACCAACCUCAGCCUAUAUAUGAGAGAGAAACGGCUGCGCUUUCCUAUACCAAAAAUUAGAACGUAAUGCCUCUCGAAGCCUCCAGCUGCGUCAGAUAGUGACCCAAGUCUACCAUAGUUACAUUGAUUUGAAGGAUCAGCAGGAACGACGGUGACAGCCUCCUACGGCCCCUGUAGAAGGUUUUAGUCCCUGAAGAAGAACGGGAGAAGGUGAUCCAUCUCGAGUCGAUAGCAUUUCGCUUCUUAUCACUCUGCUUCCUAGAGCUGUCACACCUGUACGCGGACUAGAUGGUUAUUUUGUCCUUAUAUUUGUGCCAAACUUAGCAUACGGUUGCCUGUUGACAGUACAACCGGCGAAGCGUUUUGUUAUUUAUGAGUCAUUUGUUGUAUAUAUGUACAGAAAAAUAUAUAUUUAUUUUUAUAAAUAAAAUAUGUCACUGAAACAAA